AUGGAUAAAGAAGAAAGGGAUGAUAAACUUAAAUUAUAUCCAAUUUUGGCAGAUGACUUGAUUUGUGAUCCACCCCUUAUAGAUGUGUACGUAGAUACCAUAAGUGACAAUAAAAAAAUAAGUCAAGUGAUAGUUGGAUUAAAUACAAUACUGCCAUUAGUGGAAUUAACACACUUAAAAAGGAUGAAAAAUAAAGAAAUAAUUUUAUAUCCGGCAUCUAUUCCACAAGAAGAAUUGAAAAAUAUACUUGUAGAGAAAGGUUUUGAUAUUUCACUCCUAGGAAAUACUAUAAGAAUUGCACGGGUAUCAAAAUUACCCCCAAAAACUAGACAACAAUUUGAUAACAUGAACAAAUUUUGGCCGUGUAAUUUUCAUCCAAACAAGUAUCUAGAGAAACUAACGACAAACACUUUAUUUUCACUAAAAGAGCUGGAAUCCCAUUACCAAUACCUGUCAAUAGCAAUAGAUGUUGCAAAAUACAAAAAGAAACCAAUUGGAUGCGUAGUUGUGGACCCUAAAGUAAAUUCUGUAGUUGCUGUCGGCUAUAACGAGAUAGAGAAAGGUCCUUGUAGACAUGCUGCUAUGGUCGCUGUAGAUAAUGUGGCCAAAACACAAAAAGGGGGGGUUUGGAUGAACAGCACCAAUGAGGAAUCUACUGGUGGAGUACCACAGGAACUACUAAAACACCUUCAAGAAACUUACGCUACUGUUUCAUUUGGAGCACAGGAUUUUAAAGUAAAAGAUGAUCUAACAGAUCCUGCCGAUGGACCAUAUCUGUGUACAGGAUAUUAUGUUUAUUUGACUAGAGAACCAUGUGUUAUGUGCGCGAUGGCAUUGGUACAUAGUCGAGCUAAACGGGUAUUUUUUGGACAAAAAAGUUCAAAUGGAGCACUUGAAAGUUUGUGUAAGAUUCAUACAGUUAAAGAUUUGAAUCAUCAUUACGAAGUUUUUGGUGGCCUAUUAGAGGAUGAAUGUAGAAGUUUAAAUGAUUUUGCUAUUUGA